AACCCGGUUACCCGGCCUAUCUUAAUGAAUCGUGACGCUCUUCAAGGUGAUAUUGGUAGGGCAAAACCCUCUUGGUCCUCCACAUCCCACACAGCAACCCACUUUAUCGGAAGAAAGUUUACAAUUUCCCCACCACCGACAAACGACAACGCCCACGACCAACGACGACAGUAAUCAACGGCCGGCUCAACAUCUCCUAACCUUCAAUAAUCAUGGCGUAAGUCUCUUCGAUAACCCUCUUGCCAGUGGAAAAUCUGCUGCAAUCCUGCAAGGUUCUCGAAUUCUUAUGUCGGAAGUUAAUAUCUUGAAUAUAGAUCUGCUCAAUCUCAAACAAUCUCCAAGCGCCGCAAGUUCGUCGCCGACGGUGUUUUCUAUGCCGAGUUGAAUGAGUUCUUCACUCGCGAAUUAGCUGAGGAGGGUUAUUCCGGCGUUGAAGUUCGCGUCACCCCUACCGUCACCGACAUCAGUACGUCUACCUUCAAUUCAAGCUCGGGGGAGCUAGGAAGAGUGGGUUGAGGGAUAUCCCACCAACGCUAACACUCCUUUAGUCAUUCGUGCUACCCAUACCCAGGAAGUCCUCGGAGAGCAAGGUCGCCGCAUUCGUGAGCUCACAUCCCUGAUCCAAAAGAGGUUCAAGUUCCCUGAGAACUCUGUCUCCCUAUAUGCUGCCAAGGUCCAGAACCGCGGCCUUUGUGCUGUCGCCCAGUGUGAAUCCCUCCGGUACAAGCUUCUCAACGGUCUCGCUGUUCGUAGAGCUUGCUAUGGUGUUUUGAGGUUUAUCAUGGAAUCGGGUGCCAAGGGUUGCGAGGUUGUUGUGUCGGGGAAGCUUAGAGCUGCUAGAGCCAAGAGCAUGAAGUUCACUGUGAGUCCGCUCUCGCGCACUACCAGAUCGAAUCUAAAUGGAUUAUCGCGUAAGCCGGGACCUGACAAGAUCUUCACCAACAGGACGGAUUCAUGAUCCACUCUGGUCAACCUGCUCGUGACUUCAUUGACUCCGCUACUCGUCACGUUCUUCUCCGGCAGGGCGUGCUUGGCAUCAAGGUCAAGAUCAUGCGUGGGAGUGACCCCGAUGGAAAGAGUGGACCCCAGAAGUCUCUUCCUGAUAUCGUGACCGUUAUCGAACCCAAAGAGGAGCCACCCAUCGGGCAACCCUCAUCUCAAGACUACGUAAGGUUUCCCGGGCACUUGGAACAAUUUACAUAACCAAAAUCCAACUAACCUAUGCGUUCCUAUAGGGUGCUAAGGCUGACGCUGCGCGCGCAGCUGCCACUCAAGCUCAAGCACAAGAGACUGCUGCUGCUGCUGUUGAGCAAACUAGUGUCGAGACGAGCAACGAGACCGCCGCUGAAUAUGUCCCCCCUGCCCCUGCCCCUGUUCCUGCUGUCGAUGAUCUGGGAUGGUGAAGCGGAAAUCAACAAAAAAUAAUUUCGGUCAAAUAAAUCUCUCGUUCCCCUCCUCAUCUGAACCUGAUUAAAACGCAGCCGUUCUUCAAAAAUUUUCUUUUAAACGGGGUUUUCUGGGAUGGGGAUGUUGUUUUUCUUGUAUGUGAUAUAAUAGCAAAAAAGGCCCGCAAGUCUGCCACAGCCUUCG